CCGCUUUAUGCUUUAGCUGCCCACAUCGUGUUCGCACAGUCCAUCACCCACCAUUGUCCUUCCCUACCUUCGCGCACCUAUAUUUCCCUCCUGCUGCAAGCCAAGAUGCCGCACAACACCAUCUUCUCCCACUCCAGCUCAAGCGCCUCCAUACACUCGAACAUGUCCUCAUCCUCGUCCUCCUCUGUCGCAUCCUCCUCGUCUAUCGCGGCACUGCCGAGCUUUACGCACUCACUCUCUGCGUUCCCGACGAUGACCGCCGUCUCAAGUGACAUGGUCCACUACGGCACGCUCGGACGCACGAAGCAGGCAAGCGAGGCCAAGCUGAACGUUGCGCUGCAGGCAACACGCCAGAAGGUGCCGGGCUUGCCACAGUCGCCUCUCUCGCCGCCGACGUCGCCACUCGGCUACCCCCUCGAGCUGCUGGACGAAGAACAAGCGCUCGUUAUCCCACGACGCAAGUCCAAGAGCUCUCCCAGCAAGAACGGACUCUGACCAUCCGAACCUCCACACAUUCGAGAUUCUGCCGCAUCGGAAGCAUUGGCCGACAGCACAUUAAACUUAUUCUUCAUUUCAACUUAUAUUUUUCCCUUCCUUCUCUGGGGCCAAGACGGGUUAGAACAGCGUUCAUGAACGACCACGACCACGAUUCGUAUAUCCAUAGUUGUACCACUAGCAUUUCUCCAUCGCACCCCUUCCUACGCGUUUCAUCCUUCGCUCACGGUGUAUAACAUUCCAGACGGAACAAAGUCGGGCAGUCACGGCAUCGCUCCUGGUAUCAUAGUCAUCUUUAUACUGCUUAAUGAAUAUCUG